CUAUUAAGCUCACUCUCAGCGAUCACUGGUCGCCUAUUCACUUUUCUCUUCGUGCACUGCACAACUCCAUUCUCAAUCAAAUCUCCAUUUCCUCAAUGCCAAUCCUCUCUGAAACCUACGCCUGUGUUCCCACCACAGAGCGCGGCCGUGGGAUCUUAAUCUCCGGCAAUCCCAAAUCCAAUUCCAUCCUCUUCACCAACAACCGAUCAGUUCUCAUCCUCAACCUCGAUAACCCUCUCGAUGUCUCCGUCUACGGUGACCAUGGUUAUCAAGCUACCGUCGCUCGUUACUCCCCCAACGGCGAGUGGAUCGCCUCUGCUGAUGUCUCCGGUACUGUCAGGAUCUGGGGGGCUUAUAAUGAUCAUGUCUUGAAGAAGGAAUUUAAGGUUUUGUCUGGUCGGAUCGAUGAUCUUCAGUGGUCGCCUGAUGGGUUGAGGAUCGUUGCUUGUGGAGAUGGCAAGGGCAAAUCGCUAGUGCGUGCUUUUAUGUGGGAUUCAGGCACUAAUGUAGGGGAAUUUGAUGGGCACUCGAGGCGAGUUCUUAGCUGUGCAUUUAAGCCAACAAGACCAUUUCGGAUAGUGACUUGUGGGGAGGAUUUUUUGGUGAAUUUCUAUGAAGGACCUCCAUUUAAAUUCAAGCUAUCCCGCAGGGAUCAUUCAAAUUUUGUCAAUUGCAUAAGAUUUUCUCCAGAUGGCAGCAAAUUCAUUAGUGUAAGCUCCGAUAAGAAGGGCAUAUUGUUUGAUGGGAAGACUGGAGAGAAGAUUGGAGAGUUGUCCUCUGAAGAUAGUCACAAGGGAAGCAUUUAUGCUGUUAGCUGGAGUCCUGAUGGUAAACAGGUUCUGACUGUUUCUGCUGACAAGUCAGCAAAAGUGUGGGAGAUCUGUGAUAAUGGUAAUGGAAAAUUGAAGAAAACGUUGACAUGUUCCGGCUCUGGUGGAGUUGAUGACAUGCUAGUCGGUUGCCUUUGGCAGAAUGAUUAUCUUGUCACUGUGUCUCUUGGUGGCACAAUCAGCAUCUUUUCUGCAAGUGAUCUUGACAAAAGUCCACGACAAAUAUCUGGACAUAUGAAGAAUGUUACAUCGUUAGCUGUGCUUAAAAAUAUCCCAAAAACUAUAUUGUCCAGCAGUUAUGAUGGUUUGAUAGUUAAAUGGAUUCAAGGCUUUGGAUACAGCUGUAAAUUACAGAGGAAAGAGAGUUCUCAAAUUAAAUGUUUAGCUGCUGUUGAAGAAGAAAUUGUCACAUCUGGAUUUGACAAUAAGAUUUGGAGAGUGCAUUUUCAAGGGGAUCAAUGUGGAGAUGCCAAUUCCAUUGACAUUGGCUGUCAGCCAAAAGACUUGAGUCUUGCCCUUCUCUGUCCCGAACUUGCUUUGAUCACAAUUGAUUCAGGUGUUGUCAUGCUUCGUGGUACAAAAGUGGUGUCAACCAUCAAUCUUGGUUAUUCUGUGACAGCAUCUGCAAUCACACCUGAUGGAAAUGAGGCAAUCAUAGGCGGGCAGGAUGGCAAAUUGCAUGUAUAUUCUAUUACAGGUGAUACUCUUAAGGAAGAAGCAGUCCUUGAGAAACAUCGGGGGGCUGUCAGUGUCAUAAGAUACUCUCCAGAUGUUUCAAUGUUUGCAUCUGGUGAUGCAAACAGAGAAGCUAUUGUUUGGGAUUGGGCCUCCAGAGAGGUGAAGCUUAAGAACAUGUUAUACCAUACUGCUCGCAUAAACUGCCUUGCUUGGUCUCCUGAUAGCAGCAUGGUUGCAACAGGUUCACUCGACACUUGUGUCAUUAUUUAUGAAGUGGACAAGCCUGCAUCUAGUCGGAUGACCAUAAAAGGAGCUCACUUGGGUGGGGUUUAUGGGUUAGCUUUUACUGAUGAGCUGAGUUUAGUAAGCUCAGGUGAGGAUGCUUGUGUUCGUGUUUGGAGAUUAAGCCCACAGUGAUGCUGCUUGAUGAUGAUCAUCAUGAAGAUACUAGGUUAAAAAACUAUCAAAGUUUGGUGUGUGCACUGGAUUAUUUUUGGACUUCUGCAUUGUUGUCAAGUUGGGUGUUAUUUUAGGUUGGAGAUAGUCACGAAGAUUAAACUGCCCUUUGUUGUAAUCAAAUCAUGUUUUAGUGACCGUCUACAAACAGCAGUAGGGAAAUGCCUGUAAUAUUUUGUAUUUUAUGUGCUUGUCUUCAUCCGAUGGGAGUUCACUGGAAUUUCGUGCCGGUUUUCCAUCAGACGAGAAGGGAUUAAGCUGUAAAGGAUACUAGUAUGCAGCAAAUGAGCAGAGACAGAAAAUGGUUGAAGUGGUGAGGUGAGUUACCUUUUCGGUUGUGAGAGGAUUGUUGACACUAGCAUAUUGCUCCAUUUUUUUUAGUGGAUGAGUGGUGAUGGUGCUAGUAAAUGUUGUGAUAUUAGUUAUUUUCCUUGAUAGCUAUAGUGCGGGAGUGAUGAGUGUUAUCUCUAUGUAUUUUAGUUGUUUUGUGUAGCUGUUGUUGUGUAUUUUUUCUGUCUACACUUUUUCUUUUCGUCAUCAUCUUAAUCUUCUGUCAUUGAAUUUGUUUGCCAA